AAACAGGCCUCAAACUGGUAAGAAAACCCUACUGUUGUGGGCAUUACAGUAUGAAAAAUCCAUCAUUCAGUAUUUGAGGCUAACGCAUCCCUAGCAUAUUCACAGCAGGGAGAAACCGUACUUGUGUGGUGACCGCGGUUAAAAAUACUAAACAGUGAGCUGAUCUUGUCACGUCAUUAAUUUACGUCAUCAACUGUGGUGUGAAUGAACAUCAUUUGCGUUCCUCUAAAAUUUACUGGACUUGGGUUUACAGACCUGAAGUCGGUAUCAGUCACACUUUAUAUUUCGGUUUAGCCUGAGCCUUGUUCCAAGUAAGAAGUAAAUAAAACCAUUGAGCACCUACUGGUGAACAUGGCCACACAUAUCUGAAGUGACUGUCCAGACAGUCAUAUGUUUAGUUAUCAGGCUGCAGUGGAGAAUGCUACUGAAACUCUGGGGAUUAAAAGUUCAGAGCCUCUGACUGGAAGUUUAAAAGUCAAAAAGACAAUGUAUUGAUUGGUAUUCAAUUUAAAUGCAUGUUUUCGGACUUACAUCCAAAAUUCACGUCGGACUUUACUUUGAAAGGUGCCGACCGGAAGUGUUGCCGUUGUGAAUUGACGCCAACAGGUGUGAAGAUGUCGGCCGCUUUCAGAGAGUUAAGUGCGCGUUUCCCAGCUCUUUCUCCGGUUGGGUUGAUUUCGCUGCCACAGAUGAAUCAUCCGGUGAAAUGUUUCUCCGUUGGACGCUGGAUGUCACACACACAAACAGGAUCUAACGUCCGACCACUGGAGGGCGUCAGAGUCUUGGACUUGACGAGAGUCCUGGCCGGGCCCUUCGCCACCAUGAUCCUGGGGGAUCUGGGAGCAGAGGUGAUCAAAGUGGAGAGACCAGGAGCAGGAGAUGACACCCGAGGCUGGGGUCCUCCGUUCGUCGCCUCCCAGAGCCUUUACUACCUCAGUGUCAACCGCAACAAGAAAAGCAUUGCUGUGGACCUGAAGCAUCCCAGAGGAGCCGCUGUCAUCCAGGAGCUCGCGAGAGUGUGCGAUGUGCUGAUAGAGAACUACAUACCGGGGAAACUCCAGCACAUGGGCUUUGGGUACGAGCAGCUGAGCCAAGUCAACCCACAGCUCAUCUACUGCUCCAUCUCAGGUUAUGGACAGACUGGACCUCGGUCCCAGAGUCCAGGCUACGACUCCAUCGCCUCCGCAGUGUCAGGGAUGAUGCACAUCACCGGGCCGGAGAAUGGCGAGCCCGUACGUCCAGGCGUCGCUAUGACAGACCUGGCCACUGGGCUGUACGCGCACGGAGCCGUCAUGGCCGCCCUGCUGCAGCGUCAUAGGACGGGUAGAGGACUUCACAUUGACUGCAACUUGCUGUCGUCUCAGGUUUCCUGCCUCAGCCACAUCGCCGCCAACUACCUGAACGCAGGGCAGGAGGCGAGGCGCUGGGGGACGGCCCACGAGAGCAUCGUUCCCUACCAGGCCUUCAGAACCAAAGACGGCGCCAUUGUGGUGGCAGCGACCAACAACAGGCAGUUCGUCCAAGUGUGUGAGGUUCUGGAACUGAUGACACUCACAGAGCAUCCAAACUACAAAUCCAACAAGCUGCGAGUUCAGCACCGCAAACAGCUGCUGCACACACUGUCCCAAAGGUUCGUGCAGAGGGACACGGCGGAUUGGCUGCAGAGAUUUGAGGGUUCAGGCGUUCCCGUGGGUCCCAUCAACAGCAUCCAGGAGGUUUUCGCUGAUCCACAGGUUUCAGCCUGUAGUGCACAGAGUAGUACCCACUGCUCUUUCUCGUGUCCACCCUGGAGCACCGUCCACCUGCUGCAGUCAGACCUGGAGCUUCCAGCCUGCAGCUCCUAGUGAAAGCUGGUGAUUCUUCGUCCAGGGUGUGAAUGUGAUACGGUAUUUUGGGUCAGUUGUGAUCAUUUGUGUCGGUGGUUCCUGAGGUCUCCUCUUUAAGCAACGCUGUGUCGCUUUCUGUCAGACUGAGCUCAGCCCCCACAUGCUUCAUGAACUCAUUACCGGUGCCUGUUGCCCCUGAACGGCUCCUGCUGUGCUGCUGAACACCUGGAGUUCAGCUGUGACACAAGCAGCCAGCGCUCGUCCACAUGGGGAACGCUUCCAUCAAUAUAUACACGUUCCACAUGCCACACUUUAAACACACACAGACUCACAGUUACACAGACACGCUCACACAGGUGCUUGUGUGUCACAACAUCAAUAGCCACCUUCAUAAUAUGAAGAGAGGACAUCACAGCAGAGUUCUCGUGUGGCAGCAGAACCGGGAGACAGACCAGAGCACGUUUAUGAUGAGCAUCUGUUGGAAGCUGAAGGUCGUUUCCAGCAGAUUCUUUCUUUAUUGCUAGACUGGAUCAGAAUGAAACUCAGGAACCUGGGGGAUGAAUGCAUUUUGGUGGCAGAAGGUGGAUUUAGUCCUGUCAACCAGUGUAAAGAAGGUGGAGGAGACUUCACAGUAGCAGCAGGGGGGUGUCACCAGGAUAAACUCCAAAUGGAAAACAGGUUUGCUGUCUGGACACACAAUAGCAAAAACAGAUACAGUAACGAGCAGUGAAAGACAGAGGAGUAACAACCAAGUCUGCAUCAGAUUUAGUUCAACUGAAAAUGCUUCACGUUCUACAACACAAGACGUCUACAACACUGCUGUUUCAACAUAUUGUUCCCACUGCCUACUUUUAUUGAUGCCGUUUAGUGCUUGACUUAUUUCUCUGCUGACUCUGACCAGAGCUGAACUGUGGCUCCCACAUCAGAGGGGGGCUUCAUCCUCAGCUCUCAUCUGGAUUCCACAGAUUCCACAGAUGAGGCUUUGAGGGACAGCGUCCACAUGGAUCAUCACCUCAUGUCUUCAUUGUAGUGGGUCGUGUUUCUUACACCUUUUCUUGAAAUCUCACUUUUUCUAUAGUCGUGAGCUGCGGAGCCUUUAAACCCUAAUCAGCUUCACAUUCAUAUGAUACAUGGAUCUCAAAGUCUGCUUUGUGAUGCAUCACAGCUUUGCUCUUUAAAGUUAGAAAUAAACAUUCCUCUAACUGAGAUACAUUUACGUAAAGAGCAUUAUUCAUGUGAUGAGCUGAAAUUAUGAGAAGCCAAAUCAGCGGGGACCUUUACCAUCCAGGCUGCAGCUUUACAUAACACAUCCAAAAACCCCAUUAAGUGCUUUUAUGAGCCCGUAUAUAGAAGAAGAACUUCACAGGAAGGAAACGCUGCUUUGAUUGUCGAGGUCAAACUGAGAGCAGCAGGUUCACACAAACACACCAGCAUAUAUGUGGAGCGGCUGCUCAUCCUCUGCAUCCUGCUCUCCUUGAUGUUGCUGUAACAUGAUGUAACGGCGGCCUGUAUAGCUCCCAUGAGUGCUGCUUAGUCAACUUAAUGGACUGCCACAGCCAGCUUCAAAGACUCGCCAGCAGGGAGUGAAGAGAGAACAGACGACGGAGGUAGACGAGGUGUAAAAAUAGCUGGAGGAGCUGAGAUGAAGGUGAGGAUGCAGCAGUGGCAGAAGGUUUUAAAACCUGCCACCGAUGAUCCGGGUCUGGUCCAGUCAGGCCCUCUGCUUCAUACAGUUCCAGAGCGUAAAUCCUCUAACGUGGACAGUGCAGUCAUUCAUCAUGCUCACGCUGAUCCCCUGCUCACCUGUCGAUGGGAACCCACCAGGGCUCAGCUGAACUGAUCGUCGGCCUCUUACGUCAGUUAACGGGUCAUAUAUGAAAAUGCAUCCUGAAUGUGCAGGUUCUGGUGAACCUCCUGAUAGCGUUCAUGCUCUCCUGAUGAUGUGCACCAAGUGGAUCCCAAUUACACAUGCAGGUGUGGUCACCAGGCACAGACCCCGUCACCGUGGUGCUACAUCACAGCUGUGACACAGAUUCAUCCUCUGGGGCCAUGAAUGAAAAGUCCUCAGUGAUCAUCACACAAAUUACUGUUAAGGCCACAACACAGAGCGAAGCCACGGAUUUACGUGAGCCCAUAGUUUGGUGAUUUGUGUCUUCACACAAAUGGAUGUGCAGCCGAAGUUUAUAGUCUAAUGGAGCAGUUUCAUGAUUAAAGGCAAAAGACUUCAACACUACAUAAAACUGCAUUCAUCCAGCGCCACACAGGAACUUUUACCAUUUCCUGUUUCUUCCUCACUGGUUUUAAUUUACAAACCAUUUGUUCCAGUUUUGUUCUUUGUUUUAUUGUUUGUGAGAAAACUGCUGGUAAAUAAAACAUGAAGUUCAA